AUGAGCAACCUAGCUGGAAGCAGUCAAAAUUACACGAGUGAGAAACAAUUUUCAUGCCAUUUAUGUGACAAGUUGUACAAUCAUCAAAGUAGUCUGUCAGUACACCAGCGGGCACACACGGGAGAGCAACCGUAUAUAUGCAAAAUAUGUAAUAAGACGUACCCACAAUAUCGUAAUCUGAUUUUACACUUGCGUUCGCACACGGGUGAGCGACCGUUUCCAUGUGACAUAUGUGGAAAAGCGUUUGCCUCUAGAAAUACUCUGAAAAAGCACUUAAAGUUACAUGCGAAUCUCAAACCGCAUCUAUGUUACGAGUGCAAAAUGUCGUUUUCCACCAAAGCCAUACUGGAAGAACACCGGUGGAAGCACGUGGGUAUUAAACCGCAUAUGUGCGACAUAUGUGACAAAUCAUAUCUACAAAAAUGUAAUCUAAAGAUACACCAACGGAAGCACACGGGUGAGCGACCAUACGUGUGUGAUAUAUGUGAAAUGUCGUUUAUCAGUAUACCAGCUAUGAAAAAACACAAAUUUAAACACCUCAGGGCGAAUCCAUACCCGUGUGACAUGUGCGAAAUGUCAUUUAUCAAUAGAGGAGAUCUGGAGGUGCACUGUCGGACGCACACAGGUCGAAAUCCGCUUCCUUGUGAAUUCUGUAACCGGUCGUUCGUACAUAGUUACGAUCUCAAUAAACACAUGCUGAUGAACCACGUCGAUUCUGAGAUGUUGAAUCCAUUGGAUGUAUGUGAAGUAACGUUUGGUAAAGACGAAACUGGCGAGGCACUCGCAGGCGCACCAGUAGACAAUAUCGUAUUCACAUCGUUCUGA